CCCCUUCCCCGGGGGAGGCGGGGAGGGCUGCUCCUGAGCAGCCUGGGCAGCGGACCCCCUUCCUCAGGCUGGUCUUCGUUUUCAGGGUCUGUUCUGUUCAGCCAGUGUUUGUUGAGCACCUGACCAGGGCCAGGAGACUCCAUGUUCUAGUAUUAACGAUGCCGUUGGCGUGCAUGUCUCGCCACCCUCUAGCCAGCACCCUCACGUGCUCCUUCCCUUGAUCUAAGAACAACCCUCUGGAGUCAGGCAGGGCUGGGAGUGAUUCCCAGCCUCGAAGUCACCGUGCGCCUGAUUCCGGGCCCCUUUGCCCACAGCGGCAGUGCCGGACGCCGACUUGUGGCCUCGCCUGCCCACCUCCAGCCCCUGUCCCCACAGCCCGAGCCAGGGUGUCCUUUCUCCUGCUUCAAAGCCCACGCUUCACAUCUGACUCAGGAAGGCUGUCACCAUCAGCCCCCACACGGGGGCUUGGCCCACACCCAGCUCACCCGUGGUCUCCUCCCAACAGCCCCUGCCUUGGAAGGGGCGACUAUUCUUCUGUCCCUACAGUCUUGAAAAAGCCCCUUGUUCUUCGUCUCCACGCUUGAAAACAGCAGCGUCUGAUCGCUUUGCUGUUCUUAAUUCCGCUUCCCCCAGCCUGCCGAAACCUAGUUUUCACCCUCUUCCUGCCGUCGUUUUCCGGGCCCCUGUCUGCUGGCUAUUUCUCAUCCUUCUUUGAAGUGCAGUGCACCCUCCAGAGCCUACCCUCUCUCCUGCUUCUCCCCGCCUGCCCACCUCCUGGCACUCCCUGUGUAGCCUGUCAGGCACAGCAGCCUCACCCGCUCCUCUCUGGUGGUUCCAGCCGCCUCUGGGCCCCGUUCCACAUUGCACCCCAAUGUCCACUCCUUCCCUCUGUCUCUAGGGAGUUCCUGCUGAGUUCCAGGCCCACCUUCCACCAGAUGCCAACCUGGAACCCCGAGGGCAGGGACCUGGUCCUGUGCAUAAUAACCCCAGCCCCCACCCCAUAUCGGGUGAUGGCACCAGUGGUGCUUGACAAAUGCCACAGAAGGUGUGCGGCUGGCAGCCCGCAUCGUGGACACACCUUGCAGUGAGAUGAACACAGACACCUUCCUUGAGGAGAUUAGCAAAGUUGGAAAAGAGCUGGGAAUCGCCCCAACCAUCAUCCGGGAUGAGGAACUGAGGACAAGAGGAUUUGGAGGAAUCUACGGUGUUGGCAAAGCUGCCAUCCACCCCCCAGCACUGGCCGUUCUCAGCCACACCCCAGAGGGAGCCACACAGACCAUCGCCUGGGUGGGCAAGGGCAUCGUGUAUGACACCGGCGGCCUCAGCAUCAAGGGGAAGACCACCAUGCCGGGGAUGAAGCGAGACUGUGGAGGUGCCGCAGCCAUCCUGGGGGCCUUCAGAGCCGCCAUCAAGCAGGGCUUCAAAGACAACCUCCAUGCCGUGUUCUGCUUGGCCGAGAACUCGGUGGGGCCCAAUGCGACGAGGCCUGAUGACAUCCACCUGCUGUACUCAGGGAAAACUGUGGAAAUCAACAACACGGAUGCUGAGGGCAGACUGGUGCUGGCGGAUGGUGUGUCCUAUGCCUGCAAGGACCUGAGUGCCGACAUCAUCCUGGACAUGGCCACGCUGACUGGGGCGCAGGGCAUCGCCACGGGGAAGCACCAUGCUGCAGUGCUCACCAACAGCGCCGAGUGGGAAGCGGCCUGCGUGACAGCCGGCAGGAAGUGCGGGGACCUGGUGCACCCGCUGGUGUACUGUCCUGAGCUGCACUUCAGCGAGUUCACCUCGGCCGUGGCUGACAUGAAGAACUCAGUGGCGGACCGAGACAACAGCCCUAGCUCCUGUGCUGGCCUCUUCAUCGCCUCACAUAUCGGCUUCGACUGGCCCGGGGUCUGGGUCCACCUGGACAUCGCUGCCCCUGUGCAUGCCGGUGAGCGAGCCACGGGCUUCGGCGUGGCGCUCCUGCUGGCGCUCUUUGGCCGUGCCUCUGAGGACCCUCUGCUGAACCUGGUGUCCCCGCUGGGCUGUGAGGCAGACACACAGGAGGGUGACGUGGGGAGGGACUCCAAGAGACGCAGGCUCGUGUGAGGGCGUGGCCCCCACCUCAGCCCGGGACGCAGGCUCUUAUACCUCACUUUGCACUGAUUAAUUUUAAACAAUUGAAAGAUUAUACCUUAAA